GUUCCUCCUCCAAGUCCUCCACCUCUCCCCCCUCCGCCACCUCCUUUACCUCCCCCAAGCCCAAGGAGGAGAUAGGCACUGGGGUCCCGCUCACUAGGCCACUCGUGAAGCGCAAAAGAGAUCCAGAGCCCAGGCUAUCGUGAUACCGUUACGGUGUGAGUGAGUCAGCAGCAAGUCUCCUUUAUUUCUGACAAGGUGCAAGGAGAGACUCAGAAAAUUGCAUCCAAGCCCUUGCGGAAGCUGCUGCAGAGAUGCCCGAAAAGGAUCAAGCUUUUGGAUUUCUCUAUGGCAGGGAGUGUUUAAUAUAAUCUUCGUUGACAUGCUUUCUACGAGCUCUAUUGCACAUAUUCAUGUCGUCUCCAAAUACACAGGAUGAUGAGGACGAUGUGGAGUUUGUAUCUGAAGGCCAGCUCAGCCCAGUGGAGUGUGUUGAUCUGAGUGAUAGUGACGAUGAACGCUCUUCAUCCUCAUCAAGUAUGGAGAAAGAAAAACAAAGACAGCCAGAUCAUGCAGUUUCCGGUAGUUCCACAAAAGAAGCUAAUCUGGAGGCAAAGCGCCAAGUGGCACUUUGGCUAAAGCUUUCAGAUGUCCAGACUGAAAAUGUCUAUUCUGGUUCUAAAAGACGACGAAGAGCUGCUCACCCCACGAAACCCUCGACUAAAUACUUAUGUCCUGUAAUUAACUGCUGUCGUGUUUAUGAUAAUGCACUUCUCCUUGGAGGACAUCUGAAAAGGUUUGACCACUCACCUUGUGAUCCAACCAUCACUCUUAAGGAAAGUUCCACUAAGGUGUUUGCCUGUGUGGCCUGUUGUCGUCAUUUUCAGACCCAAGAAGAAUGGCAAGCACAUCUUGAAUUUAAGGUGUCCUCUUCUCAUCCUGAGGGUCACUCCAUGUCUCAGCGCUGCAUGUCCAUUACGUGCUAUGCCUGUCCUACCUGCUACCUGUUCUUCAACAAACGGGAAGAUUGUUUUCAGCACAUGUCAGAAAAAAAACACUUCACAGAGUCCCUCAAAAUGAGUGACUCCCAAAGAGAAGUGGUACCGGUUCCAUUUCCACAUCGUGCCAUGAAUCGCCUCAUUGCCUUGUGCAGGGACACCCCAUUCACUGUCCAAUGCACUUUUUGUCAUAAAGUGCUGACUUCGCAUCAGGAAAUUACAGCUCACUUUAAUGUCAAGUGCAUAAAUGGCACCGCAGUGGCCAAGGCCGAUGCAACAGUGGUGCAGUUAGUGAAACAACUGCGAGUGCGAGGCCAGUGCUCUCGCUGCUGUUCAAUGUUUUUGAGCCAAACAGAAGUGGAACGUCACAAAGAAGACACCCGACAUGAGGUGGAGAUCAACGGGACCAUGGAGCAAGCUCUUCUUCAAUUUGACAAGUUUCAUGAGAAACAAGUUAUCUACUGGUUUAAAUACGAGGAGAAUCCCACCUCUGGAAUACUAAUUCAUAAAAGCGUCACCACGAAGAACGAGUGUGAGCAGGUACCCACGAAACGGAACAAAUUAGGUUCCUCGACCGCGUGGUUCUGCGAGUGCGGUAUGAAGUUUUUGGACGAAACCUCAGCCAGUAAUCACCUCUUAGCCGUGAACCAAAUCUUCUACCAAUGCGGCGUGUGCGAUAAACGCAUGGGAGAAUCUUGCAUGGCCCGCUUGCACAUGUGCCGCAUUCACGGGGGCGCACAUCUAGAGAACUUCUUCAUCUACUGCUGCAAGUGCAAAGUGAAAAUUCCUCGCCCAGCAGAUGUCCUGCCACACGUGUCUGACGCGCACACUGGGCACACGUUCUGCACUGAACGGGAUGUGCCUGAGGAUGCCCAGCCGUCGACCAGUAACAGUGAUAAAAUGGACUUGUGCACUAUCUCCGAGUCCAUACCUGAGGUGGCGGCGGCUUCCUCUUCCCGAGCGCUGCCUACGUGGAUGUGCCGGAUGUGCGAGGACGUGUUUGACUCGGAGGCCGCAGUUCGCAAACACUGCGGCGACCUGAGCAGCCACAAAUUCCAGAAGUUUGUGUGCGGCCAUUGUCCGCAGAAGUUCUUCAAGGCAUCCACCGUGAAGCGACAUUGCGCCAACGAGCACGACGGGCAGAUGAAGAGCGCCUACUUCUGCGGCCUCUGCAACAGCAAGCAGUUUGAGUCCGAAGGAGACUUCCUGCGCCACUAUGAAAGCCUGCACAGUAACGACUUCUACUGUAUAGGCAACGACGAUAUUGUUCAGCCCGCUGGGAGUAGCACACCUCUGGAACCAUGUCCCUGCAUGAACUCUGAGAAGAGCAGAGAUGGACUGAAUGUCAUCUACACCCGCUGCAUGAAGACACUGGCCUCUGAAGGACUCUGUCAGUACAUGUGUGCUCCUUGCGCGCUUCGCGUGCACUCCUAUGUUCAGAUCAAGACUCAUGUCAACACCAUCCAUCCUGCAUUGAACUUGGACGAAACCUUUGAAGUAGAAUGCCAAACUUGCAGUCAAUGCUUUGGGGAUGUUCCGGAGUUCCAUAAUCACUAUCAUUCCCAGCACUGUGCGUUGGUGCCAUGCGUGAGCUCAAGGACCUACAGGAAAGAUGCCACAAAACCACCACCACCAACACUGACAAAUGUUGAGGUCAAAGAACAGCUAAAUGAUGCAUCUGAUGUAAAAGUGAAACACAAAAGGGCUUUGAGCGCAGAAGAUCAAGAGUCAGUAGAGUUACAAGAGGCUCUUCAAAGAAGCCUGCUGGACUUCUGAGGAGACGACGCAUUGUUCAUUAAUCAGAAGGUUCUGCACGAGGAACAACGUUACUCAGUUAUGAUUUGUUGUUUCAGAGAGAUCAGCUUGAUGUUUAAAAGAAUGCUUGAACUUUAAAAGGCAUAACACACACUGAUCCACACCUUUGCUUGUAUGUUUUGUUUUUGGAAAUAACAUUUAAAUUUGUUUUGAAAUUUAUGUCGAGUAUAGUUUCACUUAGAAUCAGAGAAACAUCUGAUGUAUAAUUUGUAAUGCGGUGCGCGUCUUCAAAUAAAUUUCCGAUGUUCUUGCA